CGGCGGCGGCGGCGGCGUCAGUGCCCGGCGGGGAGCGGGUCCCAGGCCGCCGCCCGACCGGAGGCUAAGGGGGCGUCUGGGAGCUCCCUCGCCGGGCCCUCGGCGGCCUGAUGGCGUAGGAAGGACGGGCUGUGAGUGUUGACAUUGAGUGCUUCAGACCUGGUCACUAUGGUACGAGAACGAAAAUGCAUAUUGUGCCACAUUGUGUACGGCUCAAAAAAGGAGAUGGACAAACACAUGCGGAGCAUGCUGCAUCACAGGGAACUUGAGAACCUCAAGGGCAGGGACAGUAGUCAUGAGUGCCGAGUGUGCCGGGUCACAGAAGUGGGUCUCUCUGCAUAUGCAAAGCACAUUUCUGGCCAGUUGCAUAAAGAUAAUGUUGAUGCCCAGGAAAGAGAAGAUGAUGGAAAGGAAGAAGAAGAGGAAGAUUAUUUUGACAAGGAACUAGUUCAGUUAAUACAAGAAAGAAAAGAACAAAGUCGGCAAGAUGAACCUUCCAGUAAUAGCCAAGAAAUAAGCUCAGAGGACAGGCAACCCCCGUGGAGACGAGAAGACCGGAUCCCUUACCAAGACAGGGAGAGCUAUAGUCAACCAGCAAGGCAUCACCGUGGACCUCCACAGAGGGACUGGAAAUGGGAAAAGGAUGGCUUUAAUAGUACUAGGAAAAAUAGCUUUCCACAUUCUUUGAGGAAUAAUGGGCCAAGAGGAAGUUCUGGGUGGCAUAAAGGUGCUACAAGAGGCUCUUCAACUUGGUUCCACAGUCAUAGUAAUUCAGGAGGAGGUUGGCAUUCAAACAAUGGGAUGGCGGAUUGGAAUUAUAAUGGUACAGGAAGGAAUCCCAAUUGGCAUUCUGAAGGAACAGGUGGCUUUCCCAGCUGGCACAUGAACAACGGUAAUGGAAACUGGAAAUCCAGUGUACGUGGUACAAAUAGUUGGAAUUACAAUGGCCCUGGAGACAAAUUUCAACAAGGCAGAAACAGAAAUUCUAACUAUCAAAUGGAAGACAUGACCAAGAAGUGGAACAAGAAAUCUAAUAAGCCAAGCAAGUACAAUCAAGAGAGAUACAAAUGGCGGUGGCAAGACGGUGACAAAGCUGGCAAGCACAGAAGUCUUUCUGAGGGAUUCUCAAGUGACAAGUUUCCUUCAGAAGGCUUGCUUGAGUUUAGUUUUGAGCAGCGUGAAAGUCAAACCACUAAACAAACAGAUAUGGCAGCCUCAAAAAUUAACAGAAAGAGUGGCAACAUAGCAAGAGAAAAGUUCCGCCGCUGGAAACCUUACCCUCCCCAGAUAUCUCCAGAUUUACAGUCAGCUGUGAAAGAAAUCAUUGACAGCAAAUCAGAAAUGCUAGAUAAGCCUCUCUUUAAUUUUGGCUUAAUAACCACAGGGUUACAAGAACCAGAUGAUAAAACAAGCAGUCCUGAAGUGCUCAAAGCACAAAAGGAAACACUUCCUGGAUCUCCCCGUCACAAAGCCACUCCUGACACCACUGCUUUCUGUGAGGAUGUGAAAGCCUGCCCCAGCACUGAACAGUCUGAACCACAUCAGAAGUCAAAUAAAAGUCCAUUGAAAUUCCCACUCCUUCCACUUCCAACCCCCAAAUCUGGUCCUCAUUUAAAGAACCACUCAAUAACCAGUGAAACCAAAUCCUUUCCCCCUGGAGAUUGCGCCCAUCCCCUGAACAAAUCCACUUUAGAAGGUAGCCAUGGUUCUUCCUGCACAUCCAAAUCACAUGAUCUAGGUCCUUGUUUUUUAAAAGAGAGUAAAACUGUAACGGACACCCAAAAAGAACCUGCUGAAAAGUUAAAUGACCCAUCACAGGAAGUCCAAGAGGCGCUGCAGCAUCCCCAAACAAUGCAAAGUCCACCCCUUAGCACGCCCAGGGCUGAGAGCCACGCAGAAGGAAGUAGCAGUGUAGAAGAGUCUACAAAAGACUCUGGGAACGAUGAGUUUCAGGCACACUCAGCUGAAAGUGAUAGAGCAACAUGUAAUCCAGGAAAGCAUGGUGUGAAAAGUGAAGGUGUGGCUUCUGCAAUGGCAGAGGCACUGUCCUGCAGUGCGCCCACUGUGGAUAAGGAACAAGAGACCCAGACCCUGGGAACAUCUGACAACCUUCCCACCUCCCCACAUAAUUCCACAGCUCACCAGAAAGAGGCUGAGUUACAAGUAACGGCAGAAGCCAGUCCACACCCUGGCUUACUGCUAGACUUGAAGACCUCUCUAGAAGAUGCACAGGAUAACAGCCUUGUUAAAUCCAAUGGGCCCUUUGAAACAGAAAGCUUUGAGGGUACUAGCUUGGAUGCAGAGCUUCAAAAAAAUGAUAUCAGUAAUCAGCCCCCAGGCACACUCCUGCCUGAACUAAGUAAAUUAGGUUUCCCUGCCUCACUCCAGAGAGAUCUAACCCGGCACAUUAGUUUGAAGAGCAAAACUGGAACACAUCUCCCAGAGCCCAACCUCAAUAGUGCUCGACGCAUCCGCAAUAUUAGUGGCCAUCGAAAGAAUGAGGCAGAGAAGGAGUCUGGGCUCAAGCCAACCCUGCGCCAGAUCCUAAACGCAUCUCGGAGAAAUGUCAACUGGGAACAGGUCAUUCAACAAGUGACCAAGAAAAAGCAAGAGCUGGGCAAAGGGUUACCCAGGUUUGGCAUAGAAAUGGUACCUUUGGUUCAAAAUGAACAGGAAGUCUUGGAUUUAGAUGAGGAGCCGGAUCUGUCCAGUCUAGAAGGAUUCCAGUGGGAAGGUGUUUCCAUUUCCUCAUCCUCUGGCAUGGCAAGAAAGCGAAGCCUUUCUGAAAGCAGCAUGAUCAUGGAUAGGCCUCCUGUAUAUAGCUUCUUUAGUGAGGGAGGUACUGGCAAAGAAAAUGAGCCCCAGCAGAGUACUUCACCUAGUACAGCAUUGAGUGCUGCCCAGAGUCAGAAGGCGGCCAUGUAUCUUGAACAGGAAGGGGCAACUCUGACGCCUUCUGUCAGAACAGGUGAAAAGGUUGGAAACAUUUCUACCCAAAGGCGACAUAGUGCACAGUUACCAUCCGAUCACGUAAUGCCUUUCAUACAUUCAGCCAGAGACCUGAACAGCCAGGAGAGGUCUACGCCGCUGUCAGAGUGCCAUGCCCAGGAGAGCACUGGAGAAGGAAACUCACUCUCGUCAAAUGCAUCUUCAGUUCAUGCAAGCUCUAGCUUAGCAGAUGCAGCCACUGACAGUAGCUAUACCUCUGGUGCUGAGCAAAACGAUGGUCACAGUAUUAGAAAGAAGCGAAGAGCCACUGGGGAUGGAUCAUCCUCUGAACUACCAAGUCUUGAGAGAAAAAAUAAACGAAGGAAAAUUAAAGGAAAGAAAGAACGUUCUCAGGUUGACCAGCUGCUGAAUAUCUCCUUAAGAGAGGAAGAACUGAGCAGGUCACUGCAGUGCAUGGAUAACAGCCUCCUGCAGGCGCGGGCAGCACUGCAAACAGCCUACGUCGAGGUCCAGAGGCUGCUUGUGCUCAAACAGCAGAUAACUAUGGAAAUGAGUGCACUGCGGACUCACAGAAUACAGAUUCUGCAAGGAUUACAAGAAACAUAUGACCCUUCUGAGCACCCAGACCAGCCUCCCUGUGGCCUCACAGCAGGAGAACAAAGGAACAGCCAAUCUCAGACAUCUCUUGAGACCACACUGCUGCCUCCUCCCUUUUUCCCAGGGUUUCUGGAGCCACCUCCUUCCCAUGUGACUCCACCGCCCACUAGAACCGCUCUCCAAAUAACCACAUCUACUUUCCAAGCCCAUGGAACUGUCCCCGACUCAUCGGUUCAGAUCAAACAAGAGCCCAUGUCUCCUGAACAAGAGGGGACUAUGAACGCUACACCACAAGGCUCUGCUUCCAGUGUGUCCAAGGAAUUACUGCAGACUAAUAGAGCAGUCAGUGACAGCUGCCCGAUUUACCCAGCCAUCCCUGCAGUGAUAACAUCAGCAUCAACACAAAGUUGCCAAAAUGCUGGCCAAUAUCUGAAUUUUUCUGUGGUGCAAGGAGACUCCAGAAGCAGAGAAAACUCACCCUCUUGCCAGUCUCCCGAUCUUCCUGGCAUAAAGAGAGGUGAAGAGUCAGCCAGAGGCAGCAGCGGCUCUGAAGCCUGCAGCAGUUCUUUCCUCAGACUGGCUUUCACUCCCGAAACUCCUGCGAAGGAGGAAACUCAGUCUCCAGCUGACCAGCCUGAGCAGCAGGCACAAUCCACACUGGCAUCAGCUGAAACUAGAGGGAGCAAGAAGAAGAAGAAACUUCGGAAGAAGAAAACACUGCGGGCCACACAUGUUCCUGAGAACAGUGACACCGAGCAAGAUGUGUUUACUGCUAAACCUGCAAGGAAGGUAAAAUCUGGAAAGGGAGUUAAAGGGGGGAAAGUAACAACCUCUACCUGGGAAGACAGCAAAACUGCUCGGGAGCAAGAAAACGGCAGGGAUGAGCCAGACAGUGAGUCCUCCCUGGAAGUCCUGGAAGUUCCAAAUCCUCAGUUGGAAGUGGUUGCCAUUGAUACUUCUGAAUCUGGAGAAGAGAAACCAGACAGCCCAUCGAAAAAAGAUACCUGGAACUCUGCAGAACAAAACUCAAUAGAAACUUCUCGUUCUGGUUGUGAUGAAGUUAGCUCUACCAGUGAGCUUGGCACCCGCUACAAGGAUGGCAUUCCUGUAAGUGUGGCAGAAACUCAGACAGUGAUCUCCUCCAUCAAAACAUCUAAGAACUCUUCAGAAAUAUCUUCCGAGCCAGGAGAUGAUGAAGAGCCUACAGAAGGAAGCUUCGAAGGACACCAAGCUGCAGUGAAUGCACUUCAGAUAUUUGGAAACUUACUGUAUACUUGCUCAGCGGACACAACCGUCCGCGUUUAUAAUCUGGUGAGUCGGAAGUGUAUUGGUGUCUUUGAGGGCCACACUUCCAAAGUGAACUGCCUCCUUGUCACUCACACCUCUGGGAAGAAUUCAGCCCUUUACACUGGCUCCAGUGACCACACCAUCCGCUGCUACAAUGUUAAGACCCGAGAAUGUAUAGAACAGUUAGAGUUGGAAGAUCGGGUUCUCUGCCUUCAUAAUCGAUGGCGAAUCCUCUACGCUGGCCUGGCAAAUGGCACUGUGGUCACCUUCAACAUAAAGAACAACAAGCGGCAGGAGGUCUUUGAAUGCCAUGGCCCUCGGGCUGUCAGCUGUCUCGCCACGGCUCAGGAAGGGGCCCGCAAACUGCUGGUCGUAGGAUCUUAUGACUGUACCAUUAGUGUCCGUGAUGCACGCAACGGACUGCUGCUCAGAACCCUGGAGGGCCACAGCAAGACUAUUCUUUGCAUGAAGGUGGUGAACGACCUUGUGUUCAGUGGCUCCAGUGACCAGUCGGUGCAUGCUCACAACAUCCACACUGGUGAGCUUGUGCGCAUCUAUAAAGGCCACAACCACGCAGUGACUGUGGUGAAAAUCCUGGGGAAAGUGAUGGUGACUGCUUGCCUGGACAAGUUUGUUCGGGUCUAUGAGUUACAGUCCCAUGAUCGACUGCAAGUUUACGGAGGGCACAAAGACAUGAUUAUGUGUAUGACCAUCCAUAAAAGUGUGAUUUACACUGGCUGUUAUGAUGGCAGCAUCCAGGCUGUGAGGCUGAAUCUGAUGCAGAACUACCGCUGUUGGUGGCAUGGCUGUGCACUGAUAUUUGGCGUUGUGGAUCACUUAAAACAACACUUGCUGACUGACCACACCAAUCCCAACUUCCAGACGCUGAAGUGUCGCUGGAAGAACUGUGAUGCUUUCUUCACAGCCAGGAAAGGAUCAAAGCAGGAUGUUGCAGGACAUAUUGAACGACAUGCUGAAGAUGACAGCAAAAUAGAUUCCUGAAGUUUUUCGCCUCCCAUGUUGGGAAGUCAUUAGUAAACUGUUUUCACAUUGGCCUCUCUCAUAGGCGACUGUCUGUCCUUCCCCAGUGUUGCUGGGAAGGAGAAAGUGGUUCACAGCCAGUCCUGCCACUAGCAAAGUCUGGGCAGCCUGAGGGAUGAUAGGUUAUGUACAAUUCAGGUCUGUGCUGGAGUAUGCAAGAGUGCCGUUUAAGCAGGCUUUAAGGAACCUACUCUUCUGGGACAAAUGACAUAACAGUGAUUUAUGCUACUAGACUAUAGGUGUUUAUUAAAGAUGCAAAUUUUAAUUGGUUACCCAGUUUGACCCUAAUCAAACAUAUGUUUUAUUGAUUUGAUUUGUGAUUUCUGACUUAUGUUCUCAUGAUGAUAGUU